AUGCAGCAUCGCACUCUAAUCCAGUGCCCCAGCAGCAGCAGUGUGUUUGAGCCCCAGCCCCACUCCCCUUGCCAGUGCCCCAGCAGCAGCAGCAGCAGUGUGUUUGAACCCCAGCCCCACUCCCCUUGCCAGUGCCCCAGCAGCAGCAGCAGUAGUGUGUUUGAACCCCAGCCCCGCUCCCCUUGCCAGUGCCCCAGCAGCAGCAGCAGCAGUGUGUUUGAACCCCAGCCCCACUCCCCUUGCCAGUGCCCCAGCAGCAGCAGUGUGUUUGAGCCCCAGCCCCGCUCCCCUUGCCAGUGCCCCAGCAGCAGCAGUGUGUUUGAACCCCAGCCCCACUCCCCUUGCCAGUGCCCCAGCAGCAGCAGCAGCAGUGUGUUUGAACCCCAGCCCCACUCCCCUUGCCAGUGCCCCAGCAGCAGUAGUGUGUUUGAACCCCAGCCCCGCUCCCCUUGCCAGUGCCCCAGCAGCAGCAGUGUGUUUGAACCCCAGCCCCACUCCCCUUGCCAGUGCCCCAGCAGCAGCAGCAGCAGUGUGUUUGAACCCCAGCCCCACUCCCCUUGCCAGUGCCCCAGCAGCAGCAGUGUGUUUGAGCCCCAGCCCCACUCCCCUUGCCAGUGCCCCAGCAGCAGCAGCAGUAGUGUGUUUGAACCCCAGUCCAGCUCCCCUUGCCAGUGCCCCAGCAGCAGCAGUGUGUUUGAACCCCAGCCCCGCUCCCCUUGCCAGUGCCCCAGCAGCAGCAGCAGUGUGUUUGAACCCCAGCCCCACUCCCCUUGCCAGUGCCCCAGCAGCAGUAGUGUGUUUGAACCCCAGCCCCACUCCCCUUGCCAGUGCCCCAGCAGCAGCAGCAGUAGUGUGUUUGAACCCCAGUCCAGCUCCCCUUGCCAGUGCCCCAGCAGCAGCAGUGUGUUUGAACCCCAGCCCCGCUCCCCUUGCCAGUGCCCCAGCAGCAGCAGCAGUAGUGUGUUUGAACCCCAGUCCAGCUCCCCUUGCCAGUGCCCCAGCAGCAGCAGUGUGUUUGAACCCCAGCCCCACUCCCCUUGCCAGUGCCCCAGCAGCAGCAGUGUGUUUGAACCCCAGCCCCACUCCCCUUGCUAG